AUGGCCCCGACUUCGACUGAACACCAGUUCCAGAAACUCAAGCUCGAUACCGCCGCUCCCCACAAGCCCGUCACUUCCUCCUUCGCCUCCAUCUCGCGCGAGGAUGUUCACCGGCCUACCUCGUUGAACGGUGCCCACCAUCGCCCUGAUCUAGCAGAGGCGCAAUUCUACCUAGACGACACUCCCCCUCGCCAUACUGAAGAUCGCCGCUCGUAUGACGUCGAUUCCGCUAUCGGCGACGAACUCGGACAAGAUGUGCAGGGAAGGUGUAGGGAGCGCCGGACGUCCAUAAGUUUCAACGACACCGUCACGCUUGACAACGGCGAUCGUCUGUCCCUCGAGGAACCGCUACCCAAAUCCACGACAGCGACAUCGUUCGGUUCCGAGGACUCGGAAUGGGACGAGUCCUCAGAUCGAGGCUACGUAGGCAUCCCUCUGCACCGAAACACACGCCGCCGACUUGCUGCCCAGGCCGCUUGUGCUCCGCUGCAGACCAGAGAUGAUGCCGGCGCUCAGGACCAGGACCAGGUGGCCUCGUUGACAUCGGGGGAAACGGCCUCUCCCGUGGACGAGGUUCGAACACCUCCCGAGACACCGAGCUUGUUCGGCCGUUCCCCUGCCGGCGUCACCUCUCCGGUCGAUUUCUUUCCACGGCGGACCGCGCCGCGCCGUACAAUGAGCUCGAGGUCUGUAAUCUCGCCAGAGGAGUCGAAUGGCACCCCGAGACACAGCCGCAGAUCAUCUACCCGAUCCGGCCGUUCACUCUCGUCCAUGUCACCUGCGGCUUCUUUCCUCUCCCUAUGGAAGACUGCCGAGCGACCGCUAAAGCCACCGGAGCCCGACGAUGAGGGCCAAGGCAUCGGUUACGACGGCGAAUACAUUAUCGGCAGGAAAAUCGGUUCCGGGGGCUUCAGUGUGGUCAAGGAAGUUACCACGAUCGAGAAUGGAGAACGGGUGGUGCACGCGGUCAAGAUUGUGCGCAAGCAGCUUCCGGAGAAAUCGGAGCUCGAAAACGAUCAGAUCCAGUCCCAAUUCGACCACGAAUUGGAAAUCUGGAGAUACCUACGGCACCCAUACAUCUUGCCUUUGCUGAGGGUGUAUAACUCCGACUUCGCUACCUUCUGCAUUACCAGGCUCAACAAAGGGGGCACGUUGUUUGACCUUGUUCGGGACGCGCAUCGUAAGAAGAAGAAAGGACUUGAUGGACACUUGGCCAAGCGCUAUGCGUAUCAGCUGGCUUCUGCCAUACGGUACCUGCACAACGAUGUCAUGGUAGUGCAUCGCGACAUCAAGCUCGAGAACUGCCUGCUCGACAUGACCAAGCCAAGGGCGGAGCAAGAUGGAGGUGAUGUCUUGUUGUGUGACUUUGGCAUGGCCGACUUCAUCGUCAGCGAUCACCGAGACGGGCAGCCGGAGCCGCAUUUGAGUGGCGAAAACCCAAACAUAGGACCCGCUGACACGAGCACUUCGGUCCAAGGUAGUCUCCAGUACGCCGCACCCGAACUGUUCAACGCACCUACGCCUGUCUUCUCACCCGCGGCGGACAUAUGGGCAUUUGGCGUCGUCGUCUACACGCUGCUCACAGCCAAUCUGCCCUUCAAAGGACCACUGGAUCCCAUCACUUGUUUGAAUAUACAAAAGGGGGAAUGGGACGCCGAGGCGGUGCGCAACUCGGAUGCUGUACGGGAUGGAGGCGCCGAAGAAGCGCUCGAGCUGCUCAGAGGAUGCCUACAUAUGGACCCUGAGAAGCGUUGGACCAUCAACGAUGUUCUCUCCUGCGCAUGGUUGAAUGGCUGCGCGGAGCGGUACGAAGAUGUGAAUUGUCCUUGGAUGUGUAUCUCUUGA